CGACCUGCACACGGACCGGGCCGAGCCGAGCCGAACCGGGCCGAACCGAGCCUGCCGAGCCGGGCGGAACCACCCUGCCCAAUCUAACUGAGCCGCACCGAACAGAAACGAACCCAUCCCUACAGCACCGAACAGAACCGAACCUAUCCCUCCGGCACGCAGCUGAUCCCUAAGGCACGGAACCAGACCCAUCCCUACCGCACCGAGGCCAUUCUUUCCGCACCCAGCCCAUCUCUACGGUACCGCACCGAGCCCGUGCCCUGCGGUACCGCUCCGCAUCCCAGGGCACCGCACCGCGCCCUAAGGCUCUGCACCCUCCGGCUCCGCUCCGCUCCGCGGUGUCCGCAGCACCCGCGCCCGCCGGGACCAUGAUGUCGUGUGCCGAGCUGCUGGCCGUGUGCCUGCUCUCCGCAGAUCGCGGCCCCAAGCCCCACCGCCAGCCGCUGCCCAUCUUCCACGACAUUUUCCGGCGAGCCGACAAGAACGAUGAUGGGAAGCUGUCAUUUGAGGAGUUCAAGAACUAUUUCUCUGAUGGCAUCCUGAGCUCGGAGGAGCUGUGGGAGUUGUUCAGUGGCAUUGACAGGCGUCACUCAGACAACGUGGACACGGAGAAGUUGUGUGAUUAUUUCUCAGCGUACCUUGGGGAAUACAGGAACGUGCUCUCUGCCCUGGAAACGCUCAACGCUGCGGUGCUGGCGGCCAUGGACAAAACCAAGCUGAGGUACGAGACAGCCUCGAAGAUGGAGCAGUUCCUGACGCGGUUCCUGCUGCGGGAAACCAUGCACCAGCUGCAGUCCCUGCAGGCGUCCCUCGAGUGCGCCGUGGACACCGUGGAGGAGCAGGCGGGACGGGAGAGAAAGGAGGUCAAGAAAUCGGAGACUUCAGUUGGCCUGAGGUCAGGGAGGCGGUGUGGGCGCAGGGGACAGAAGAACAUCUGCCUGUCCCCAACAGACCCCUACUCUGGGAUGCUGACAACAGGUGUUUGUGUCGAGGACAACAGCCAGUGGAUGGCCCAGAUCAACAGGCUCCAGCAGCUCAUCGAGAAGCUGGAGUGCCAGAGCCCCCGCCUGGAGCCACUGAAGGAGGAAGCCAUGUGCAAGGGACAGGAUGCACACAUCCUGGUGGCCAAGAGGCAGAUCUCGGUGGCCACGAGCAGCAUCGAGGAGUUCCGGCAGGCGUUCCGCUCCUACACCGAGGGCACGGCCGGGCACAGCAGCUGCCUGCAUGUCUCUGCCUGCAAGCUGACGGACGAGGCCUGCUUCAUCCUCUACGAGUUCUGGCAGGACGUGACCUCGUGGAGGAGCCACUUGCAGUCCAGCUGCAGCAAGACUUUCCAGCAGUCCAUCCUCAGCUUGCUGGAGUCCCCGGAGCUGCUGACCACCAUGCUCUUCCCAGCUUCCUGGUGGAUCAUGAACAACAACUGACCCGGGGCAGCUCUCCAGGACACCAUCAGCAUGCGGGAGGACGUGGAGUCCUGGGCACAGCCUUUGUCACCUUUGUCACCUCCCUGUCCCUCCAUUCCCUCCUGUGGCCAGUGGGGGCUGCCUGCCCUCGGCCCCGCCAGUGUUUUUGCUCCUUUGCUCUUUUCAUGUUAAUUUAUUUAUUUCUCCUGCUCCUAA